CUUCUUCAUAUUGAGAAGAAGAUGCUCAUUCCUCUUUAUUAUAUUCUUUUGUGAAACACACAAGGCAUUCUCACAGGGAGAGUGUCUUCCCGUUCUGGUUCCUAUUCCCAUUUCCAUUCCAUUGCAGGUUUCGAGGUUUCACUAUUAGUAAUUUGAACCUGCGAACCUGCGGGUGCAUGGAAUACAGCUUCGAAGAAAAUUAAAUGACCCUUCUGGCUUAGUUUCUUGGAACAUCUAGAGGCGAUAGAAACGGAGAGUAUCUUGUGGAAAAAAAAUUCUUGGGGCUUACAGUGAAAGUAAAAGGAACAUUGUGGCCCCAGAUACUGAAUUAGAUUCACUUUUCUUUUUGUGGACAACUUGGUGCGUUGGCUUUAAUCAUAUGAUGGCCGAAGAAUGUGCUAAUUUCCCUUCUUAUGAUAAGAAUAAACCUCCCCUCCACGUUUUCUUCAGGAAUGCCAGACAUGCGUUGAAGUUGGACGAACUUGGUCUAGAAAUAGCACAGAUUGCACUGCCGGCUUCACUGGCUUUGACGGCAGAUCCAAUUGCUUCUUUAGUUGAUACAGCUUUUAUUGGCCAUAUAGGCCCAGUAGAACUUGCAGCAGUUGGAGUUGCUAUUGCUCUAUUCAAUCAAAUAUCAAGAAUUGCAAUCUUUCCACUCGUCAGUAUCACAACUUCUUUUGUUGCUGAGGAAGAUACAGUUAAUAAAAUCAAUCAAGAGGCACAAGAGUUAGGUGAAUGCUUAGAAUCUAGUGAUGUUGAAAAUAAGGAGUUGCCACCAAAAACUGAAGCUAAAGAGUUGUUGCCAAAAAAUUAUUCUGGUGAGUCUGAAUACAAAGCCAAUACCUAUGAAUAUACAAAAUCUGGAAAAAAAAGGCGACAUAUUCCAUCAGCCUCAUCAGCUUUGGUUGUUGGUAGCAUCCUUGGAAUCCUUGAAGCCAUAAUCCUCAUAGCUGGAGCAAAACCUCUAUUAGACUUCAUGGGAAUCGGUGCUGACUCUGCUAUGUUAACCCCUGCUCAACAAUACUUGACAUUAAGGUCACUGGGUGCCCCUGCAGUUCUUUUGUCAUUGGCCAUGCAAGGGGUCUUUCGCGGAUUCAAGGAUACAAAAACCCCAUUAUAUGCCACAUUGUCCGGUGACUUAGCAAACAUAAUUUUGGACCCAAUAUUCAUUUUUGUUUUUCGUUUAGGAGUCAGGGGUGCAGCAAUUGCCCAUGUUAUCUCUCAGUACCUUAUUGCAGGUAUACUUUUGUGGAGAUUAAUAGAGCAAGUUGAUCUCAUUCCUCCUUCUGUGAAACAACUCCAAUUUGGUCGAUUUCUUAAAAAUGGUUUUCUAUUGCUGAUUAGAGUAAUGUCAGUCACAUUCUGUGUUACCCUUUCCGCAUCUUUGGCUGCACGACAGGGACCAACUUGCAUGGCUGCAUUUCAGGUCUGCUUGCAGGUUUGGUUGGCAACAUCUCUUCUUGCUGAUGGUUUGGCUGUUGCUGGUCAGGCAAUCCUUGCAAGUUCAUUUGCCAAGAAAGAUUAUACAAGGGCAACAGAAACUGCAGCUCGAGUAUUGCAGUUGGGAUUGAUUCUUGGGUGCAUUUUAUCCAUUGCACUUGCAGUAGGACUAACAUAUGGAAAAGUAUUAUUCUCAAGAGAUGCCGAUGUUCUCCACCUCAUUAGCAUAGGAAUUCCGUUUGUUGCAGGUACUCAACCCUUGAAUUCAUUAGCAUUCGUAUUUGAUGGUGUCAAUUUUGGAGCAUCAGAUUUCAAAUAUGCAGCAUACUCUAUGCUUACAGUAGCCAUUUUCAGCAUCCUAUGCCUGUUGUUUCUCUCCACCACAGGUGGGUUCAUCGGGCUCUGGGUUGCUUUAACCAUCUACAUGAGUCUCAGAGCUUUUGCCGGAUUUUGGAGGAUAGGAACUGGAACGGGGCCUUGGGAAUUUCUCCGGAGAUGAAGUUCGAAUGAUAUGCAUGGUGGUUUAAGUAUCAGUUUAGCAGGCCUAUAAGAAGCUGCAGCGAUUUGUUUCCAUAAAUUUCUUCUUGUGGAAGCAAACGAUUGCUUUUGGCAAAAUGUAGACUAAUUUUUCUGCUUGUUCAGUAUUUUUAGUUGACUGAUAUAAUAUUAUACAGAAAAUUUGAUGUGAGUAUACAUGUAAAGGGGAAAAAAAAUAUAGCCUCAAUGUGACUUUUCUUCUCGAGAAAGUUAAUUCAAGAUUUUGUUUUGUUUUUGCACUCCA